AUCUUUUUUUUUUCAAGUUUACUUUUUAAGAUUCAAACAUAAUUAUAAUAAUUAUAAUAAAUAAGUUGAAUUAAAACUUCAAUUUUAAAAUAUGCCUCCAUAUUUAAAUGGAGGAUUGUGAGAUGUGUGCAUACUUUUUUUCAUUCCUAACUCAAUCUUCAAACUCCAAUCUUGAACUUUGAUUUUUGUGCAAAUAUAUUUUAGGUGACUUAUUUUACCUUAUAAUUUAGAGGAGCAAUGGAGAUUCCUUUUCUUUUAUAUUUUUCAUUUAUUUUGAAAAAAAAUAUUAAGUGGUAGUUAACACCAUCGGAAACGAGCACGAGGAGCUUGAGGAUUUGGAUCUUGGGCAAUUCGAUCUACUUUUGCAAAUCUACAAAGCCACUACCUUAAGUAAGCUCCCCUUGUUUCCCUUUCUCUUCUUUUUGAUUGAAGAUUUUCUAAAGAUUUUUGAUUCAUUAUUAUUAUUUCUUCUUCUACUUCCUCAUGUCAGAUCUCUGCAGAUUGUUGUUUUUAACUUCUUGUUCCUAUUUUUAGAUAAUAAGCUUCAUGGUGUAAGAUUUAAGUUUGUUUUUGCCUAGUAAGUUGUACUUACAUUAUAAUUUGUAAGUGAUGGAGGCCUUCCCUAACCUCAGAGAUCUGCAUUUUACUUAUUGGAUUUUGCAUUGACUGUUGACUCUAGUAAGCUUUCCCAUUUGAAAAUACCUAGAAACCGAAAAUCAUUUUUCUCUCUACUUGAAGUAUUUCCAGCUUUCCUCCAUCUCCCCAUUGCCCUUUCUUUAGCAUCUGAAAUGAGCUUGCCUCUCGAAGUUUCUCGACUCCCAGUCUGUAUCUUCCUUGUUUAUUUGCUUUGUAUGAAGGCACGCCUCUGCCAUGCAAAAUGACAAAGGAAAAAUUACCUUGUACAACAUGUUCUUUUAAAGAUCUGGAUGCUGCCACCAUUUAUGAGUGUGUGAUUGUUAACAUGUCACUUAAAACUUCUUUGUGGUGUGAAUGUGACAUCAAAUGUAGGUUAGGUCCUGCCUCUAACUCCCCCAUUCCCCUUCUCGCCUCAUUUUUUCAUUUUCCAUUCUUUUUGUACUGUUACUUCUGUUUUGUUUUUGGAUAAUGCUACGUUUACCCUCCUCCAUUACACACACCCACCCUUCGUUACUUUGUCGUUAACACUCAAACGCACUCGGACAUCUCCAAUCAUUCCCCUGUUUUCUCAAAUGGUCCAUCACUGCCAUGAUGCUUUCCCAUUUCUCCUAGGUCGCUGGAUAGCAGGAUAUCUGAGGAAGAAGAUUGUGUAAGAGCAAGAGCAGAGACAGAGCAAUCAUCAAUUGAAACAAUGGAGAGAGAAGCAUCAAAUUUGUAAAAAUUUUAACAAAAAUUUAUAAAAAUUCAUUAUCUUCUUCCCUUUUCCUUCUUACUCUUCUUUUUGUUUUUCUCUCUUUAUCUAGGUUCUCUGAGAACCCAAACUGGGGUUCUCUUGAAGAAUUCGACUUGGGUUCUCUGUCAACAAAUCAAGGAAAGGGGAAGGGAAGGAAGAAGAGGGGAGGAGAGGGAAAGAAGAAGAAAAAGAAAGGAGGAGGAGGGAAAAGAAGGAAGAAGGUUAGAAAUCAAAGAAUCAAUGCUUGGUGAAGAGGAGAGACGUUUUUUGAGCUCAAGAGGCUGGUGAUUCUCAUGAUUUCUUUAUAUUUUUCUAGUUCAUCAUCCAGGGGGAUUCUGAUGGCUUUGAUCAACAAGGAGGAUGGUGAACAGUAAAAAGGAGAAAGGAAAGGAGAGGGAGAAAAAAAGGGCUGGGUUGGGU